AUGAAUUAUGGGGCCCGUAGUUCGUUACGCCAAAGCGGCGACCGUGGUCGAGCUGGUGGAACAGCGGCGGCGGCGGAGAAGGAGGAGGAGGCGGCGGGGAGGGCUCAGAACAUUGAUAUUGUGUGGUUGAGACAGCAUUUCACAGGCAAAAGCUUCACGCUGACCAUCAUCAUCGGGUCGUCCCCGCCGCAGAUGGCGACGUACUCGAAGGCCAUCAAGGUGACGGUGGACGGCCCCCGGGAGCCCAGGUCCAAGACCCGGCAUCAAGCAUUCCAUCCCUUCCACUUCGGCCCUCGGCCCUUCCCCUUCGGAGGCCCUCUGGACCCCGGACGGGUGCCAGACCCACUGGUGGGGUCGCUGCCCUUCAAGCUCACUGCGAACAACAUCGAGGCCACUUCGCGCUCCGACGACCGAGGUCCGCCCCCGCGCCGCCCCGCCGCCCGGCCACGCCUUCUCCGAACCCAAUACAAACCCAUCCGGCCGAACACGGUCUGGGACUCGUGGGGCGACGGCGGCGGUGGCGGGGGAGGGGGCGGGGGUGAGGGCGGCGGCACCAGUGCCGCGUAA